AUGGAUGGUUUUGAAAUCUUAGCAGCUAAUAUUUAUACAUCUGGUCAAGGAAUCUGUUUACAACGUUUGAAACCGUCAAAAAUGUGUUCAAAAUUUGAAUUCGAUCAAAGCUUAUGGUAUGGAUCAUGGUAUGAUGUUCAAAUAAUUGGUCGUUCAAAGUCUGAAGAAGCAGAUGGUUUGACAGAUCAACGCUAUUUAAAAAAGGGAAUCUAUCUUAGUGGUGGCAAAAUAGUUACUAUCACUGAAUUGACGGAUGAAAAAUAUCUCGAUCAAGAAAAUAAAUGGACAUGUGGCAGUUGUAAUAAGGACAAUUCUGGUAGUCUGGCAUUGUGUGAAUUUUGCUUUAUAAACAAAGCACAAAAGGUUAUUAAUGUACUUUCCUAUAUACCCGUUCUUGGUUUACCAUUCUCAAGGUCAAAAUCUUUUUUAAGAAUGAGGCUCGAGAAAAACUUUUUCCAUGCUGAUUAG